AAUUAAUACCGGUUGCACUUAUAUAGCUACAUAUUUGAAGAACUUAUUCAAGAUAAAAAACUCAAUUCAAAAGGUUCAAUGGUUUAAGAUGGAGACAAGGUCAAACGCUCCGAUCUAGAAGGUCUUUCCACCUGGGCCGCAGAUACUGAGUAGCAUUUGAUGAUCUUCAAAUCCUAACCGGAUCAUUCCGACGUAUGCAUCUACAUAAGGUAUAAUGUAGGGAAGUUAUCCGGCCAAGAAUGAUCGGAACCACACAUACAUAGUUCUCUCGGGCAUUUGAAAUUACAUCACUUUAGAGAUAUCUGGCGUGCCCCUGGUUGCCGGCUAGUCCCCCCGCUUGCUUAGCAAGCUUGGGACAUAUAUAACUCCUAUCCGGCAGUUGGUCCGGAUCUCCAAAGUCAACAACAUACCUAUUUAAUGCCAAUUCUUGAAGCAUUCGUACAAGUUUUAUUAAGUAAUUUGCAAACUCAUUAAAAACAUACAACAAGAAAAUCAAGAUCAUGGCCAAUUCAAUCAAGAACGUGGUUGUCGUGGGGGCAUCGGGCAGUCUAGGGAAAGAAGUCGCGCAGGAGCUUGUCAAGGCCGGCUUCAACGUGACCGCCUUCGCACGUGAGGACACGACGGCGACCUUCCCGUCGAACCUGACCGUGAAGAAGGUCAACUACGACUCGGUAGAGUCGUUGACCGCCGCGCUCAAAGGCCAAGAUGCCGUCGUGUCCACGAUCGCCACCGUGGCCGUCGGCAACCAAGGCCCGCUAGUGGACGCCGCCGUCGCCGCCGGGGUGAAGCGGUUCAUCCCGUCGGAGUUCGGCAUUAACACGAGAAUCGUCGGCGACGACGUCAUCGGACAGAUUCUGGUGGGCAAGAUCAAGACCCUGGACUACAUUAUCGAGAAGUCCAAGGCGAACCCGUCUUUCACGUGGACUGGUGUCUCAAGUGGCCUGUUUUUCGACUGGGGACUCAAGUACGGCUCCGUCGGCUUCUUCAAGGACAGCAAGACAGCCAUAAUCUACGACUCGGGCAACGAGCCCGUGCAGGCGUCGAACCUCGCCUUCAUCGGCAAGGCGAUCAGCGCGAUCCUCGCGCAGCCCGAGAAGACCGCCAACCAGUACAUCUCGAUCGCGUCCUUCAACCCGACGCAGAACCAGAUCCUGAAGAUCGUGGAGGCCGAGACGGGCGAGAAGUGGAAGGUCGAGCACGCCACCACGGCGGAGGAGAACAAGAUCGGGCUGGAGAAGCUCGGCAAGGGCGACUACAGCUCCUUCGUCAACUUCUUGAAGAGGCGCGUCUUCAGCGAUGGUGCCAAGCUGGCUGUGGAGGGAGACAAGAAUGCGAUUGGCGUUCUGGGACUCCAGGAAGAGGAUCUGACGGCAAGUGUCAAGGCAUGGCUGAGCAGUUAAGUCAGGGCUGCUAGAUAGGGCUUUAAAUCAAGCCGGUCCUGCUAAAAGUGUGGAACGUCGCUUGCUGGUUAGGUACUUACGAUUUAUACGCACCUACUUAGGUAUGAAGUCUUGCCGGAAAGCAAGUUGAUACGAGAUAUAUGAAUAAAUAUUUGCAUCCCACGUGGAAUCAUGUUCAA